AUGACUUGUCCUACUCUCGCCAGUGCUUCUGCAGUACAUCCAGACGAAGUGGCGGAGCCCUCACAUAACCAUCACAGUGGUGGGUCUGCCUCGGAAUGGCAUCUUGGCCAGUCGAUGAGUCCGGAUUGCUGCUCUCUUGCCGACAAGGACCAGCCUCACUACUGUACUGAGGCAUCCUCCAAUGCCGGGACCUGCCAGUACAUACCUCUCACCCACGACAUUGGCCGUGACACGCAGCUUCGCCUAGCGACGGCAUCUGAUGACUCGAACACCAGCCUUGUUCAAAUCUUUCGUACCAUUGACGAAGUUUGGAGAACCACCAGCUCCGAGGCCAAACAAGCAUCGCCGCUUACGACCUCUGCUUCUGCCGACUUGUCCACUCUCCCCCACGCACAACCAGACACUCCUCGGCAGAGGCAACAAUCGGAGACGCAGUCCGUGUACAUCUUUAGUCCUCGCCACGAUCCCAUGGCUUUUUUUUUAUUCAAGUCCAAGGAUGGCGAGGUCGGAAACUCGUAUCAGGCGGAGCAUGUUUUCGUCAAGCUGCUGCCUGAGUUUGGAACCUCAGGCAAGCCAGUUUACCAGAUGGAGGUGGCCAGCAAUGACAUGAUGGGGCAGACAAUUCGGUGCGACUUCGCCGCCGAGGGCACCAAAACCAAAGGGUGUCAAAUUUUCGAACCAACUACGCGCAGAUCGGCUCCCAGUAGCUUCAGUGCAACGGCGCAAGGCGUGUCGAAAGCGGAAACGCGUGCUGAGCGUCCGUGUGGUAGCACGGCCGGCACGGGACUGCACCACACUGCUGGCAUUCUCAUGCGCACAGCUCAGCAUCACCUUCGGCUUUUGGCGGCCAGGGCCGACGGAUCCGACGACAGCCAUGUGCUCCUCCGGCAACCUGGCAAUAAACUGUGCGGGAUCUGCGAUGGCGACCUCACGGCGGCUUUCGACUUGGCCAUUGCCGAACUGGAAAAGACGGACCGCGUAGAGGUGGCGGCUAUGCACAGCACCACCGACAUGGCCCACUCCGUCUUCAACUCGCCUCCUGUGCUGCGGCCGACGGUCGACGGCCACAUCAACCCACAUCCGGUUGUGGCUGCCGAGCCAGCGACCACAAUCUGCACGCCCAAGCCGACAUUUUCCAUUGCCCCUUUGGAAGCGCAGGGCAUUGUGAAGAGGCAGAAAAUGGACUUGUCGGUACAAACAACGGUCGUGCCUGGCUGGACCAUUGCUGAGGUUCUGUGGACUGAGGACGAACGAGAUGGGCGAAAAUCACCGUCAAGUGGUUCUUCUGGCGUCAAAUAUGGUAUGAAAUCGCGCGAUUACAUGGCCUUUGACAUCAGCGACUCUGGCAGCAGCUCGCAAAACAGCUACGCCGAGGACGUGGUUGCCGAUGGCGAAGCCGUUGCGACGCGGUGUUCGCUGUCGACGGAUCGGAGGUCGACCAUGACGUCGUUUCCAGAGCUGCGCUCACGCCAUUGCACCAGAGAGUGGACAAGGCCACCGGUGGAGAUGGAGCAGCUCAAUCGCGCACCUUCGAUGGAUUUUUACCAGCUCGGGGUGGAUGCACACUCGGGCGGUACGAGCCCGAUUCCCAAGGACUGCGUCGGCGAGGACCUGGCCAAGACGCUGGACUUUGAUCACUCAUUGUUCACGCAUGAUCCGUUCAGCUACGCCAACAUCCACGCGCCAGGACGUCGCGUCACGGACUCGCUGGCGUACGCGCGCUCGGAUAGGCGAUUGGGGAGCCGCAUUGGCUCCGCAUCUCAUCAGCGUCGCAGCUCUCUCUUCGUCGGUUCCAAGCCUGCAGAUGCGCCGCUGGACCUGCAUGAGGGUUCGAUGCCCGCCGUUCUCGAUAGGCUGCGCAGCCUGAGGAAGUCUUAUCUGCAUGAUCGGCGCCAUGUCUCUGGAGGCACAUGCGAAUCCGAAAUGGCAGCGCCGGCAAACACCCCCGCAAACGAUCACAGCGGUUCUCGUUCAAGGGAUAGCCUGAUCAGGGAACUAACACCAGAGCUGCCCAAAGCUGACCCUGCAGGGAUAUACGAGGCCAUGACGGGGAGCCGAGUUAUUCGUCCGAGCGAUAUAUGCGGUACCUGCUCGGAAGACCAUAGGCCCCAUUUGUGCGAGAACCACGUGGAGAUGCGCUCCGGAUGA